CUAGCAAACACGCAUUGGCAAUUUGGCAGCCUCGUCCUCGUCUUCGUUGUCAGUGCCCACAGCCCACAGCCUUCCCUGCCCGCAAACAGACGGCUACCCACAUAUCUACCCACAGGACAUGAACAUGAACACGACAUGCAUGUGUUUUUGCGCGUUUCACGGGGCUCGCCAAUUCCUAGGGCGAGCGGGCGAGGGGGGCAAACCGCAUAUGGCCAAUUGCGAUUGCGAUGUUGUGUGGAAUGGUCGGGUGGGUGGUUGGUGGACAGGGGGGGUUUGGUUGAGUUGUCAGGUUGUCAGAGACCACCGACCUAUGUACCGUACAGACAUACCGACCUACAUACCGACCUACAUACCGACCGGGCGAGCGACCGGACGAUCCUGGCCGGGUUCGUCAUCGUCCUGGCCACUCCGCUCGAGGAGAGAAGGCGACUACAUACAUACGGUAUGGAUGGUAUGGAUAGUGCUAUGGAUGGUACUAUGGAGUGCUCUAUCUAUCUGUCUAACCAUCUGUCUAUCUAUCGUGCCGCUCCCGCCCACACUCUUCCUCUUCCUUUCCGUCUCCCCCCCUCGCUCACCCUUCUCCUCACGAGUCACCGCCGUCGUCACCACCAUAUAUCAUAUACCAUAUAUACCGACCGAUCUUCUGCAACCAGCCGACGAACCGAACGAACGAAACGAACGGAGUGAAACGAAACAACCGUCGGCGACACGAAAUAAUAAUACCAAAUUCGAAAGGCAGCACUGAGCACUGAGCAGUCCCCCCC